UCAAAUAUAUUUUGACCAUUGCAAAUCAAACAACAAAAAUGUUCAGCAAAAUCGUAGCUCUGAGCGCGCUGUUGGCCGCUGCCAAUGCUGGUUACUUGGGACAUGGCCACGCUGUGUCCUCCCAGAGCAUCAUCCGUCACGAUGAGCCUCUGCACUACGCUGCCCCCGUAGCGCACUACGCCGCGCCUGUUGCCCACUACGCUCCCGUAGCGCACUACGCUGCCCCUGCUGAGCACUACGCCGCUCCCGUAGCUCACUACGCCGCUCCCGUAGCCCACUACGACGGACACGACACAUACGCUCACCCCAAAUACGACUUCGCGUACUCCGUGGCUGACCCUCACACCGGUGACCACAAGUCCCAGCACGAGAGCCGCGACGGUGACUCCGUGCACGGAUACUACUCUCUGGCCCAACCUGACGGUUCCAUCCGCAAGGUUGAAUACACCGCUGAUGCUCACAACGGUUUCAACGCUGUGGUGCACAACUCCGCCCACUCGGUCCACCCCGCCCCAGUCCACGGACACGCUUACCAUCAUUACUGAGCGUAUAUCUCUGAAUAAUUGUUGUGUGUGCCUAUUUAUUGUUUUAUACAUACCAAAAGAAUGAAUGAUAU